AUGACUCAUUCAGAACUCUCUGAAGAGGACCACGAUACUGAGAAUGAUUUGGGAUCUGAAGCUGCUGGUGUGGUUCGAGGCUUCACUCGAUCCUUGGGACGGGGUGCUGCUCGGCCAAUGAUUGGUCGUUUGCCACGACAAGUCAUCAGACGACGACUACCAGUGAAACAAGUGGCACGGGUCAGUGAUCGAUUGUCUACCGGCUACGAUUGGUGGUCCACGGCCGUGGAAUCACAGCAAUCGUCCUCACAACGAUGGAAGCAGAUUCGUGCAUUUGCCGGUAACUUGGUGAAAAAUACAUUUUUGGGACUGGCCGUCUUUGAGUCUUAUGGAUAUGUCGUAAGCCAACUGGCACCACCACCAUCCGCUGAGGUCAUGCAUAGAUCGACGUAUGGUUCCAGUGAUCAAACAAAAUUGGAUCAAGACUACGACGAUGAUGAUUCAGAAGAUCUGUUGACAAUUCUACCUGAUGAACCAGACGAAUUUUCCAGGGCGAGCCUGGUAUCUCAUUGGACAGCAGGAGCUGUUGCUGGAUCCGUUCAUGGAGUUGCGACUAGCAUAUUUGAGGGACCCACAGCAUUGACAAGAAAUAUAUGGAUUCAGCAGGCUGCCUAUCAUACAUUGCAUCAUACUGUAGCACAUUCAGUUCUCUUUGGAUCCUAUGAAUUUCUGAAACGGUCCAUAUUGCACGAGUUCCACCAUGGGGAUGACAUUGAAAGCGAAGGGUCCAAGCCUAGUCAUUUAGGGAGCUCUUAUUUGGCCGGAUUUGCAUUGGCAGGCGGCCUAGCCGGGCAGUUGCAGCACUUGAUCAGUCAUUACACAGAAUCCAUGACUUUUGAAUCAGGUAUUACUUCAACGAAAAUUGCUCAUCGCUUGGUCCUCGCGCGGGUCCCUGCAGUCAGACCCCUGAUGAUGGCCUUUCCUCCGAGUGCAAUUGGUUUCAUUGCCUUUGAAUAUGGAAAGAAGCUGACAUCAUAA